AGUAGUGUAUUGGUGUUCCCAGCUUCCGAGCGCGGCCUCGCGAACUCGUUGCACGCGAGUUAUCACAUUAUUGAAUAUCGGUCCGAAUAUUUAUAUGACAUAAGUGUUAAAUUGUGUUAGUGUUGUGCUGGUUCGCUUAAAUCGUUCGAUGUGUGAAGAUUUUGUGGAAAAUAAGGAGUGAUGUUACAUAAUAAGUGAAUGUGGACUGAUUUUUCAGUGCGUGAAUUUUAUGUACUUUUAUGGUGACAGUAUUUACACUUAGUGACCAUGGCGCCAUCAAGCGACGGCCACGCGUAUUAUUACGUUUUAAAUCGAUGUUACCUGAGCAUGAGUGCGACUUUAGUAGUUUAAGCUACUCGGCUGAGCCGGGGGAUACCAUAGCUACAACCAAAGAAGAGGAAUGGGUCACACGCAAGACGAGCGAAGUGACUACGACCCGUCAGAUCGCCACGAGAGUCAAACGGGAGCUCAUACUAGAAGAUGGGCGCAUCCUGAGCGACUCCGGACCGAAGAUAUCCACCUCCGUCAACGAAGACACACACACCACCAAUUUUCAACAGACUGAGCAUCGAGUGCCCGACGGACAAAAUGAAGAAGUCGCGGAUGAGGUGGAAGGCGCUGUCGGAGCACGGAUUGAAGAAUUGGAAGCCACUCCGACUACUGGCGGGGAAGUGGCACCAGCGGGGGCCAAGGUGAUGGUCUCCUCGAAAGUGGUCGCCAAUCCUGACGGGAAGGUCCGAGAGAGUCAUGAUAAGAAAAUCCUCACGAGGAACAUCACAGAACGCGUCAGAGAGACAGAGGAGCGAAUACACAGAGGCGAUACCACGCAUGAGGCUUUGAUCGCUGCAGUAAAUGAGACCAAGGAAGAAGACAUUCGCGAUGCUUUAAAGACACAGACUGAGCAGCAACUAGCAUUAGUGCCACGGGGGCCGACGGUGGUGAAGGAUACUGUCGCCUAUAACACCACCAUCAAUACUGAUGAUACGGAAGAGUUGCGAGCGCUACGUCCUGAUGGGACGAUCGUGACGGAGACGCGACACACGAAGGAACAAGAACGAAUCUGUGACGAAGAAUUGUCGAAAGAAGAGGCUAAAUCAUUGCCAAGCGACAAGAGUAUAGUUGAAGAGACGGGCGGUACAGAGAAACGUAAGCGGGUGGACCUGGAGACGAGCACCGAUCUCAUGGCGGGAGGCUUGCGGGUCGCUCACACUGUACACUCCAAGAAUCGGAUUGAAGAAGUUGAGAGGGAAGGCCAGCCAAACAUGGAUGAUGAUUGGGACAGUUUAUCAGUGCGAAUGCGACGCCAGCGCCGCCUCCGACAUGCUGAUCCCGAGAAAGACUACAAGCGGCCCGUCGACUUCGACAUCGAGGAAGAGACGCGCAAGAAAGAAACAUCUAAGUGGCUCGAGAGUCAUUUUGGCAGCGAGUCGCGCUCCUCACAUGACUCAAUCGCCGAGGAGAUAGGACAGCGGCCCGAGCCCACCUUCUACAAAAACAAAACCGCUGAAGACGAAGGCUACUACGGGAAAACUUCGUCGGGGCCACCACCACCUGUGUACGGCGAUCGAGUGCUGAGGAAAACAAAGUCUUCCACGCCAUCGGACGAGAGACCCGCGCCUGUUAACAGAACUGGAGGAUACUUCAAAGGCGUCGCGGAUUGGUCACAAAGGAGAGCGACCAAGCCGAGAAUGCCAGAGCCACGAAGUUCGUCACCAUCGCCUCCCGCAGUUCGUUCGCCUUACGCCAGUGAUGACAGACUUAACGGAUCUUCCCCAAAACACGUGUAUGGGAAGCGUGAUUCACCCCAAGGAAGGUCGUCACCAAUCGGCCGCCGUCAUCCGCCUUCACGCGACGACUCCGCUUACGUAUCAUCAUCUACAAUGCACAGUCCUCCUAGAGGGUCGCCAUUCCGGCCAUUGGAAACCGACCGCUCAUUCCGUGAGCCUUCAGUCGAAGACGAUUACCGUCCAAUGGCACCUGAACGUAAACGACAGUCAAAGCAGCGGUUAUCCGAGGACCAUCGCUAUGACAGUGGGUACAGGAGUUCAUCGCGGAAUGAAAAUUCGGGUCGGUCACGGGACAGCCGCGAGGAAGGAGCCACGGAGCCGCCUCCGGACUACUCUCCGCCAAGGGAACGGCGCGAGAGCUCCGACAGAGACCGCACCCCUCCGCGACGGCGCGACCGUGAUGAACGUAAACAAAAUCAGAAAACUCGUUUUGCCGACAACGGUCGUCGGCCGUCUCCGGCGCGGAAAUCAGUCGGCUCGGCGAUCGGAAACUCGAUACGGAAGCUAGUGGGCAAGAUAAGGUCGGCUUCUGCGGAGCGGAGGGCUAAGUGGCGGAAUUCGCGGACUCCGUCGCCGGAGCAUUCAUCGCGUACGUAUAAGCAGUACGGCGGUGAGCUGGCACCACCGACGGCGCCCCCGCAUCGGUACUACCUCGGAGAGGACCCCUUCGCGCCCAGCAUCUACGGCCGUGAGCACAAGUACGAGGGCAGUUCGAGGCGCGCAGUCGGUAGCGACGCCCGCGACCAUCGCGAACACCGCGACAGAGGCCAGUUUUCGAGCACGUUGGGUCGAUUUAGUCACUCCACCAGUAGACUGAAUCCGAACAGCGAGCCGGAAGAAGAUUACACACGCAGUGCACAGACUCUGCCACGUAAGCUGCACGAACGUAAAGAGAAAGCUGCCGAGAAGCCGAGCUCCAACAAAUACUGGCAUCGAUUGACGCCGAACAAGCGGUCCACAAGUGCCGUUAACGUAUCAAAUAACGUAACUGCAUCGCCUGAUGGCAAAAUAAACGGAUACCCACCAGGACCAGCUAAACCUGCACGCACGUAUAAAGCUUUGAACAGAAGCAAGAGUUUUGCCAUGGGCGCCCCCGAGCAAGAGACCACCCACCCGCGCUAUGUUUCAACUAUGAACAGAAAUUAUUCCACCAUGUAUAAAUCCAAUCCCCACCUCAGUAGACUGGAUGAAACGCCAGAACAAUUGAAGAGUCCAGGAAUCGUAUCCAUUAUCAACCGUAGUCAACGAGAUUUAGCUGAUGCGGUCUCUCGUGAGACAGAAAGAAGGCGAGACGGUCUUUUCGGAGCGCGUUAUGGCAAAACUACUCCAAUGACUAACGGUUCGAAUGGUUACAGUCAAAAAUACGAAGAUACAGAUAAGAAAAAGAUAUUUCUUAAAGGUCUUCGUGAGCGUGCACCAGAUUUGUACCAAACUUUACAUGCAGACGAGGAAUCGGAUGGAAGCAGAUUGUCGUCAAGAUACGGCACACCGUCCCCACACUACAAAGAACGCGUAUCCGAGGAACGUGUAUCGAAAACACCGUUAUUCAAGACGGAAUCAUUAAACAGAGAGACAAGUCCCUUCGUAUCAAGGUUGGAGACGAGAUUGAAGUCACCGGCUAUAAGGCGGGGAAGCAACAGCAGCGACAAUUACUCCGAAACUUACAGAUACACGACGAGAUCUGGAGACCCAGAGCGUCCGAGCGUCACCGACACAGUCGAAACUGUUAGCAAGAAAAUAGUGCCUUCCAGAGACGGCCGCUCCAAGGAAAUCAUAGAAUCGAGGGAGAUAAACUCAGUCACUAAAAGUAGAGGAUAUAAAGCGGAACCAGCGCCUAUCAAAUAUAUAGAGAACGGAAACCGGCCAUCCCCAUUCGUCUAUGAAUCUAAAAACGGGCCAUAUACAGAAAGAAAAUCUAGUAGUUACAAAGUAACUGAGAAAGUAAGAGAUUAUUAGUAACUUUCAUAGAAUUGAAAGGGAGUAAACGUCAAUUAUGCCAUAU